AUGAGCAGCAGAAGGUCGAGAAAUAGAUUAUCAGGGCUAUUAGCUGCUGGGGCAUUAAUGGCACUAGUAAUUGGCGUAUCUUAUGCUUGGAAGAAAAGUAGAGACUCGCUACCAUCAUCUAGAGGCGAAAAGAGCGAAAGAUGCAGCUCAGUUUGUAUAGUGUUGACAAAAGAUAUAUACGAAAGCGGUGUGGAUUGGGAUCGGCUGCUGAACUUAAGUGCGGUGGUCAUUGUCCCGCCGGGGUCUACAGCGGAAUCCGGCUCUGCAAACUUUCCAGGACAUCAAAUCAUCAAAUGCAGUACAGAGGAAGGCGUUUGGUCAGUCGUGAGGCAUUUGCGUAAGGAUAUAGUGGUGGUAAGCCCAGGACAGCUCGAGUCACUUCCUGAAGACAUACACCGGUUCUCGAAGCCGCUCACGAAAGUUCCCUAA